AGAGGUACAUCUUUUCCGAUGUUGAACCCAUCAUGGCCAUGUUGGAUCCACCAUCAAGUUUUAUUUUUGAAAACAUCGUCAGGGAUAUCUUCAUAAAAAAUAUAAGUGACGCCUCUCUAAAAAUCACGCUUUGCGGGGAUCAAGCAUCAGGUUUCUCUAUUGACAAUGUCUGCAAUCAAGGCAAUAAUAAACCUAUUGUCAUAAUGUUUGUUGGAUGCUUAGCUAAGCAAUUCAAAGGCCAAUCAUAUCUAAGCGGCACUGCAGCAACUACAUGGUACUUCAAUCCAGACAUUCCUGAGGCACAGGAAUACUACAUCAAGUUACAAAGAAGUGAUCUCCAAAUGAUUAAACCCACAGUAGCAGAAGAAGAAUUUGAGGUUUCUCAAAAACCGAAUAUCGAAGACAAGACUAUCCAAGAACUACUUGAGAUGGAUCUAGAUAUGUUCCCUCCACAGGGCUUUAAGUGCACCGCCACUAUAUCACGACUCAUACAAGAUAGCAAAUGGUGGUUUCCAUCUUGCACCAAAUGCAAAAAGUCUUCACCUCAAACCUCCACUGGAUACCGCUGUACAUCAUGUGGUUGUACAGAUGUAAAGUUUAGCUACAAACUCAGCUUCGUUGCCACUGAUGGAACAUGUGAAGCUGAGUUCUUCUGUUUCGAUACCAUAGCUAAGCGAAUAGUAGGGAAACCAUGUGACACUCUUAUUACAACACCUAUAGCUUCUCAGGGUUUCCCACCAGAUCUAGCUGCCAUUGUAUCUUUGAAAUUUACCUUUGUAGUCACCCUUUAUAUGUCAGCAUUCUCAGUGACAAACAAAGUUUCUCUAUCCUAUAUGUGCUAACAAAUCAUGGAAGACAAACCUCGGUACCAUCUGCAAUGCUCAACUAUCCUCAAGGGCAGCUACUUACACAAGAUGAUGUGUUUGAAUCUACGGCCACACAGGAUUCUCCAGCAACAUCAUUUGCUAAACGAUCCACUUCAGCUAGACAGGAAAAUAUGGUUCGACGCAUCUUAGAGUAUUACGAUGCAUCCAAGAAUUUAGAGAAUGUUGACGAGUAUACAGACCAACCAACCAAUAAUGAAUUGUCAUCACCACCCAAAAGGUAUGUAUGCAAAUACAUUGGUUAUAAAAUGAGAACAAAGUAUGCCUUUUAAGCUUACAACUACAAAUUUUAUUCCAUAUUGCUAUAAUACACUACAUGCAAGAUGAAGCACACCCAGGUUAGCAAAGCCAUGCCAGAUUCUACAUGUUCUAAGAAUGACAACAUUUAGUCCAUCCUGAAAUACAUUAAGGUAUGGCACACAACUUUAUUUCCCUAGAUGUUGUCCAUGUCAUCUCUCACUGUCAAGCUUGGACCAUCAUCAAAGCCACCUCUAGGUGCAAGCUUGUUUAAAUCUAGGAAUGUUCUUCCUACACUUUUAUUUUCCCUUAUAGGAGCAUCCAUCUUCUCUACAGACUACUGCUGUGUCUGCUCCUUCUCCUCCUCUUCUGGUUCUAUUUUAUUUUCUGCUGCAGUGUGGUCUUCCUCCAUUUUAUCAUUCGCGUUAUUGCCAUUUUGUCCACCAUGAUUAUCAUCCUCUCCCUCCUCUUGCUCUUGACCCGAUGUCGAGAGCUUCAUAUCAUUCUCGGCAUCGGAGCCAGCAUCAGGAUCUGAUGCGUUAGAUUUCCUUACCUUUCGAGGCUCCGUAUCUGAGUCCAAAAAGAAUCAUAUUGGCGAUAGAUCUUCACUGGUACUCAAUGAAUAUUCCUCUUAUUCAUCAUCAUCUUCGACAUUUUCUUCCAACUAGAACUCUUCAUCAUCUUCAGAAGCACUUGAUGGCUUAUUCUGUUUGCGACUUCUCAGGUAUUCAUCAUCAUACAAUGCCUCUCCCAUGAUAUCGUCGUCACUGUCAAAGUUAGAAUCAACAUUUGAGACAGCCUCAACAAAGUCUUGUGCGUAUCUCUGAGAUCUUUUCCUCCGCCGGUUGUUGUGACACAACCACACAAAACACAAAUUCACAUGAGCCACCUGCUACCUUGAGUAGAGUAAUGAUAAAAACCACACACUAAGAGUACCUGCGAUCAAGUGCCUCAUUUUCUUGUUCACCAUCGCUGUCUCGGCAGUCAUCUAAUUUUGAGAAUUUCCAUCAGAUGAGUCAUUGGUUGUUGGUGAAAGACCAUUAUUUAACUUCCUAUUGCUUGGUGCUGAUCGACCAUUUGGAUAAUGCAAUUCUUCAUGGGAAAAGAAAAUGAUAUGGCCAAUGCACGACAGAUUAACAGAUAUGGUAUAUAUGUUUAGUCACUCGAGAGUUGUCAGCUAGCUAGCUUACCUCCCAUGCGUGAUGAGGCUGGAUGUUUCCUGGUCGGUGUACUCCAAUUCCACGGACCGGCAGUGAGUGAGUUGGGCUAGGACUAGGAGCAUCCGCUAGCAAUACACACGUUCUGUUCACAUGACCCAGCCGGCAGCCCUCCAGCCACACGGAUUGAAGAGCACAUCACAUGCCAGGAUGCCCAUGCAUGCUUGCAUGCCCCGUUGCUCUCAUUCGCUUAUUGCGACUUAUGCUGAAAGAAAAUCGAAUCAAUAAGUGACAUAAUUUAAUCCAGAAAAAAUAAUUAAACACAGUGCAUAUACCAUGGCAAAUGUUUGCCGAAGUGAUUUACCGUGUCCUCAAUCGAUACAAGUAGCGAUUCUAUGUAUGUAUCCAUUGUUUUUCAUCUAAAACUGAAGCAUCCUUCUAUUGGCAGUAGUGACAACAGGCUCAGCUGAGUUCUCUCUUUUUCCUAUACACUAAUGUUAGAGAGAUGAUUACUGAAAGGGAAUUAGGCUUACACCUAUUUCCUAAAUGAUUUUG